UUAUUUGUGGUCAGGGUCUGAAGCGUGUAACGACACCCCACACCUGACGGGGGCAGUAAAGGACGAGAGGAAUGGUUUUUACUUCCGGAAGUUAAGAAACAACAACAAAGACUUCUCGGGGCUCGUAAGCAAGCGUUUUACUUUAUCUGUACAGAUCUGCCGUGAAGCAGAGUGAACUUGUUAGUGGCAGAAUAACUCCCCUUCAUGCAUUUGGGAAGCUUCUCUGUCUCUUUUAAUUUCAUGACCUCGCCGCGAAGAGUCAGACGCGGAAGUUAGCAACGUGUCGCAAAGGGGAGAUCAAGUGCGACUGUCAAUUCUCGUGAGAAAAUGUGUAAAGUUGAUAUCCUGAGAGCGUUGCUAAAUCAACGACUGAGUGCGGCUGUUGAAGAAAUAUUUGUAGUGUUUGAAAAGACGAUAGCAGAGUACGAGGAGGAACUUUGCCGAACAAAAGAGGAGAACGAGCGACAACGUCAGCUACUGGACGCGGUUUUCAAGCCUCAAGUGGAGUCCCACAAUGCAGACAUCCGUAAAGAUGAUCUUCAGCCCGAGCAGCAGGAGUGGAGCUUCAGGAUGGCGCAACAGGAGCCAGAGCCCCCCCACGUUAAAGAGGAAGAGCCACUCUACGUCAAAGAAGAAGAAGAGCAGGCUUACAUCACAAACUUUCCAUUGGCCGGAGUCCUUGUGAACAGUGAAGAUGUUGAAGACAACGAGCAUGGGUCAGAGCUUUGUCCCGAUCAAAAUAAGAGGAACAGAGGGGCGAAGCUUCCGAGCAGCAGCUCAAGUCAACACGUGACAACAAAAGAUGGAGGAUCAGAAGACGACAGCCUCUUCGCUCCACUAUCAGAUAGCGACAAUGCGGCAUCGCACUCUCCCGACACUGAUGGUAAUGAAAACUCCAAAGGCGACAUGUCAUGUCACAUCAACGACGCGCAUAUUAAAUGCUCUCAGUGUGACAAAACGUUCAUCAACGUGGCUACUCUGAAAAGACACAUGAUGAUUCACAAAGGAGAGAAAACAUUCCGUUGCUCAUUUUGUGGUAAAACAUUCAAUCAGAAGGUGCAUUUGAUAAAACACACGAGAACGCACACAGGAGAGAAACCUUUUGCCUGCACAGUUUGCGGUAUGAGACUAAGUCAAAAAGAAUACUUGAAAGUGCACAUGAGAACACACACUGGUGAAAAACCGUUUCCCUGCUCGGUGUGUGGGAAGAAGUUCUCUCAGAAAGCAUUUUUGAAAGUACACACAAGAACACACACGGGUGAAAAACCAUUUUCUUGCUUGGUCUGCAACAAAAGUUUUAGUGCGUAUUCCACAUGUACUCGGCACCAACGGACACACACAGGUGACAAAGUGUUUAGUUGCGCCGUGUGUGAUAAGAAAUUCACUCGGAAGGACAACCUUAACAAACAUAAGUGCGCUGGUAAGAAAUGAAGCUGCAAGGUAAACUUAAAAGAAGUGACCAACUAAUGGUUACAAGAAAAGCAAAGUGGGUCAUGAUGCACUGCGGCGAUACAGAAAAGAAAAUGGCAGGCGAGCACUUCAUUUGUCUGAGAUACCCUGCACUUAAAACAAUACGAUA